UCUGCAGCCCUGUGAGUGCGCACAGCUCCGCGGGAUGACAGUCUCCCGCCGCCGCCGCGGGCUGUGAAGCAAGCGGCGUCCCUACGGCUGUUUCCCCAUAGCCCGAUUGGCCGAUGGUCCCGAUGUAGAACGCACGACGUGGAGAAAAAAAUAUGGGGGAUUGGCUGCUUGUGUCGGGGGGCCGGGGGCGGAGCCUGCAGUGAGGCCACACCCCGGCGGCAACAUGUACAGGAGGAACGGGCUGGCGGGCACCGUCAGGAUCACAUCAGCCACCCCCGAGGGCAGCAGCAGCUCUGAGUCGCUGGAUGGUCAGUGCUCGGAUUACGCCAUGAAGAGCUACGACGCGGUGGUGUUUGAUGUGCUCAAAGUCACGCCCGAGGAGUUCGCUAGCCAGAUUACGUUAAUGGACGUCCCAGUGUUUAAAGUCAUUCAGCCAGAGGAGCUAUCCAGCUGCGGGUGGAAUAAAAAGGACAAACAUAUCCUGGCGCCAAAUGUGGUUGCAUUUACAAGGAGAUUUAAUCAGGUCAGUUUCUGGGUGGUACGUGAAAUACUGACAGCGCACACACUGAAGAUAAGAGCCGAAAUUCUGAGCCACUUUAUAAAACUAGCGAAGAAGUUGCUGGAGCUGAACAACCUGCACUCCCUCAUGGCUGUGGUCUCGGGCCUGCAGAGUGCACCCAUCUUCCGGCUGACCAAGACCUGGGCGCUGGUGAGUCGCAAGGACAAGGCUACUUUUGAGAAGCUGAACUACUUGGUCAGUAAAGAGGAGAACUACAGCCGGCUGCGAGAGUACAUCGCCAGCCUCCGCAUGGUCCCCUGCAUCCCCUACCUGGGUUUGGUGUUCAACAAACUUAUCAGCAAAGCGAGUCGCGUUUCGGGGGCAAAGAUUCCUUCCAUCCGGCAUCGGCCGUUGGCUGGCCAGCGCGGUGAACAGUGA